AUGGCGAUCGCGCGGAGCCACGUCGUGUCGCGCCCGGCGGCGGCGGCGCGGUACGGGUCGUCUCCGGACCUGCUGGCGGCGUCGCUGCAGCAGUCGUUCCGGUACGCGCGGCUGUGGACGGCGUUUCAGCAGUUCUUCGGCUUCUUCGCCUUCCUCCUCACGCUCUGGUUCGUCACCGCGCGCCCCUGGCACUCCGCCGACUCCCGCGCCGCAAACUCCGCCGCAAACGCCGGCGCGACCUCCCGUCUCGGCGGAAACUCCGGAAGCGGAUUCACCGGCGGGAGCAGCGCCGGCGGCGGCGGCGGGAAACUAACAGGUCCCGCGGCGUACGUAGUGGUGGUGUGCGACGAGUCGCAGUUAAAGUCCGCCAUGGUGCUCGUGCACUCGAUCCGAUCCACCAAGACGGAGCACGAUAUCGUCGUGCUCGCGCGCAACCUCUCCGGCACGCCGCGCCACAUCUUCCGCGCGCUCGGCGCCACCGUCAACCCGCUUCCGCGCGGCGUCCCCGCGUCCGUGCUCGCGCUGCUCGACGACCCCUUCCGCCCCACCACUUCCGCCUCUCCCUACCUCAACCAAUCCUUCGCGCGCGCCGCCGCGGACUCCGCGGAAAACCCCUUUUCCGCGAACCCCGCGGCGGAGUUCUCUCCGCCCUUCCCCCCAACGACCUUCGCGGACCCCUUUUCCUUCAGCUCCGUCUACUCCCCGCCGCCGCACCCCGCGGCGCUCGCGGAGUGCCUGCCGUUCAAAUUCUCCAUGUGGCUGCUGCGCCAAUACUCUAAAGUUGUCUACCUCGACCCGCGCAUGCUCGUCCUUGAGAACAUUGACGACGUGCUGGCUCGGCCCGAGCCUACCGCAGCUCCGGACAACUCCCUGCCGGACCGGUUCAACCCGAGCCUGCUGGUGCUGGAGCCGAGCGUGGCGACGUACCGCCAGCUCGUCGCGGAAUACGCCGCCAUCGCAUUCGGCGACGUGGACAGCGACAGUGACAGCGCGAGACGCACCCUCGCAGCAGGAGACCCCGACCAGGCGCAGACGCAGCAGGAGGGGCGGCAGGAGGGGCAGCCUCAGCAGCAGCAGCAGCAGUGGGGGUUGCAGCGGCGGCUGCGGCGGGGGCCGGUCCUCCCAGUGGGGUCGGAGGACCUGAUCUUCUUCAACCACUUCUUCUCCGACUGGCCGCAGCUGGGCGCGAAGCACCACCUGGACUACGGGUGCAACGCGCCGUCGCGCCUGGGGUACUCCGCCACGUGGAACGAAUGGGUGCACCCCAAGCUCAAGGUCGUGCGCUUCGCUGGCGGCUUCGAGCGCUGGGACGAGCUCACGGACAAGCUGUACCCGCCCACACGGCGGUAUGAUCAUCUCAGGUGGGAGCUGCUCCGCGACAUGUCGGGGCUGCUCGUGCAGCACGGCGUCAUUGCGCCGGCGGACGCGCUGCCCAGCCCGCUGUGCCAGACGGACUUCAUGCAGUAUGCGCGCGGGGCGCCCGUGCCGAGAAAGCUGUCGGUGGUGAUCCUCACGGGCGGGGACCUGACGACGCUGCAGACGCUCAUAUUCCACUUCGCCGCCAUGCGCUUCGUGCACAUGAUCUACGUUAUGGCCAAACCCAGCGAGGCUGUGGGAGGGGGGAGUGCUGCUGCUGGUGGUGGUGGUGUUGGGGGGGAGUCCUCAGGAGGAUUCAACCUUGGUGGCAGCAGCGGAGGGAACACAGGGAGCAGCAGCAGUGGUGGCAGCGCGUGGGCGCAGGGGCACACGCAGAGCAUCCUAGCGGCGGCCAUCGAGUCGUGGAACGCCAGCAAGCCUGUCGAGCUGCUCCCGCCGCUGCGCCGCUACUCCAUGUCGGCGCGCAUGCGCCCCAUCGCGUCCCUCCCGACGGACUGCGUGCUGAUGUGCGACGACUCGGUGAUGGUGGGCGCGUCCGUGCUGUCGUCCGCGUUCAAGUUCUGGCAGGAGCAGCCGCAGCGCCUGGUGGGGUUCUUCCCGUCCGCGCACUACCGCGACCCGCACACAAGCGAGCUGGUGUUCGUGGCGGACCCCCGCGAGGAGUACUCCAUGGUGGGCGCAAGGCUGCUGCUGCUGCACGCCGACUACCUGCAGUCGUACACCUGCACGCUGCCUCAGAGAGGAAGGGAGGGAGAAGGUAGGUGCGUGGAAGGGAAGAGAGGGGGGGUUGUUUGCCGUUGCCCCCCUUUCCUCCCCCCUCCCCUGGGUCUUCCACUCCCCCCUCCCCUGGGUCUUCCACUCCCCCCUCCCCUGGGUCUUCCACUCCCCCCUCCCCUGGGUCUUCCACUCCCCCCUCCCCUGGGUCUUCCACUCCCCCCUCCCCUGGGUCUUCCACUCCCCCCUCCCCUGGGUCUUCCACUCCCCCCUCCCCUGGGUCUUCCACUCCCCCCUUCUGCUGCCAUCACACGGCAGUCACUGCGUCACUACAUCCAGAUGCCCCCUCAGUGCGCCCUGUGCCUGCACCCUCACCUCUGCCGCUCUUCCCCCCACAAGCUUCCCCUGCCCCCUCACACGCCAGGCAGUGCGGGACCACAUGGAGAUGUCACCGCAGUGCGCCCACGCAUCCUUCAACUUCCUCACCAGGCUUUCUUGCUCAACCAAAACGACCCUUUCCACGUACCCUCCCUUCCCCCCCCCUCUAUGCACUCGUCACGCCAGCAAGUGCGCGACUACAUCGAGAUGUCCCCGCAGUGCGCCGACGCGGCUCUCAACUUCCUGGCCUCCGAGCUCACGGACGCGGCACCCUUACUCGUCGUGGACCCCGACAAGCGCGUCACGGAGGACCUCGCGUCGUCGUUCGAGGACCACACGCGCGUGGGGUCGGCGUGCCUGAAUGAUCUCGAGGCCUUCUUUGGCGACAUGCCGCUGCGCAACUCCACUCUUGCCAAGUUCCACCUGGAGCAGGACACCUUCACCAAGAUGCAGUUCAACAAGGCCGGGGGUGGGGGUGGGGGAGGGGGAGGGGGUGGGGGCGCAGGGGGAGGGGAGGGGGAGAAGGACGGGGGGCUGCAGUGGGAGGCGCUGUUUGACGCCACCAAGAUGUCGUCCAGCGAUGAGAACUUCCGCUUCAUGCCCUCUCUCAGACGGGUGACGAACAUGCCAGAGGUGCACGUCUUCCCCUCGCCUCAGCACCCCAAGCAGAUCCUCUGCAUCCAGGGGAACCUCUCCACACCGCUUUGUUUCUCCGGGGGCGCGUGCAACAACUCGUUCGCCAUCGCCACCUUCGAUUCCAUCCCACCGUCCGCGCUCAUGCUGUUGGGCACGUCGCUGCUGCUGCACUCGCGCUACGGCUUUGACGACCGCUUCCACACACCCAACAUCCUCGCCAACCUCUUCUACCCCUACCCCGACUACUCCUUCAUGCGCCCCGCUCGUGCCUUCUUCUACCGCCGCGGCGGGCUCGACAUGCGCCUGUCGCCCUGGUCGCGCCUGCUGUUCAAGGCCAUUCUUGGGGCGCACAUCGCGCCGUUCCGCGUGCGCAACGGCACGCGCCCCGUGUGCUUUGAGCGUGGGGUGAUGACGCGGCGGUACCGGCCGGCAGCACAGGAGAGGAGCAUCGUGCUGCAGGACGUGCAGGAGCGCGCCUGGGCCUACUGCUCCCUCGCCGCCUCCUCCAUCCCUUCUCCCUCUGCUACCGACGCUGCUGCUGCCGCUGGGAACAGCACGGCAGGGGCGGGGGCGACCCAGCAGCAUCCGAUGGCGGGGGUGCCGCCAGGGCUGCGGGGGUUUGUGAGUUCCGACGCCCACACGAUCCGUGUGCUGGUGCUGUAUGGCGAUGCGGACAGUGGGGGGUACGGCAUGAUGGAGAACCUACAGGCUGUGCUCAAGGGGCUGAGGGACCGCUGUCACAAGGCCACUGCGUGCGAGCUGGUGGCAAUGAGGGAGGCUAACUUCACCAACUUCUGUGCGCAGGUGCUAUUCAUGGGAGCGGCGUCCAUGCUGGUGACAGUGAGUGGAGACGGCACCAUGAACCAUGUCAUGUGGAUGCGCCCCGGCAGUGCCGUGCUGGAGCUAGUGCCCUUCGGCAUCCCUGAGUAUGACCCACGCGUGCUCAGAGUCUACGAGGAAGCUUCUAGGUGGGUGAGGGUGGAGCACGACAAGGUGUUUGAGCUCAUGGGCCCCGAAUGCCCGCGCAAGAACGCGUCAUGCCGCUUCAUGUACCGCCGCCGUGCCAUCGUGGCCAACGUGACAGCUGUCAUGGCGUGGUUCGACGCCACGUACACGCGCAUGCGCACCGAGGGGAAGGAGGGCACGCUGGGAGGCAGAUACGGUCUAUCCUCGCCCCUCCAGGUCUAUCCUCGCCCCUCCAGGUCUAUCCUCGCCCCUCCAGGUCUAUCCUCGCCCCUCCAGGUCUAUCCUCGCCCCUCCAGGUCUAUCCUCGCCCCUCCAGGUCUAUCCUCGCCCCUCCAGGUCUAUCCUCGCCCCUCCAGGUCUAUCCUCGCCCCUCCAGGUCUAUCCUCGCCCCUCCAGGUCUAUCCUCGCCCCUCCAGGUCUAUCCUCGCCCCUCCAGGUCUAUCCUCGCCCCUCCAGGUCUAUCCUCGCCCCUCCAGGUCUAUCCUCGCCCCUCCAGGUCUAUCCUCGCCCCUCCAGGUCUAUCCUCGCCCCUCCAGGUCUAUCCUCGCCCCUCCAGGUCUAUCCUCGCCCCUCCAGGUCUAUCCUCGCCCCUCCAGGUCUAUCCUCGCCCCUCCAGGUCUAUCCUCGCCCCUCCAGGUCUAUCCUCGCCCCUCCAGGUCUAUCCUCGCCCCUCCAGGUCUAUCCUCGCCCCUCCAGGUCUAUCCUCGCCCCUCCAGGUCUAUCCUCGCCCCUCCAGGUCUAUCCUCGCCCCUCCAGGUCUAUCCUCGCCCCUCCAGGUCUAUCCUCGCCCCUCCAGGUCUAUCCUCGCCCCUCCAGGUCUAUCCUCGCCCCUCCAGGUCUAUCCUCGCCCCUCCAGGUCUAUCCUCGCCCCUCCAGGUCUAUCCUCGCCCCUCCAGGUCUAUCCUCGCCCCUCCAGGUCUAUCCUCGCCCCUCCAGGUCUAUCCUCGCCCCUCCAGGUCUAUCCUCGCCCCUCCAGGUCUAUCCUCGCCCCUCCAGGUCUAUCCUCGCCCCUCCAGGUCUAUCCUCGCCCCUCCAGGUCUAUCCUCGCCCCUCCAGGUCUAUCCUCGCCCCUCCAGGUCUAUCCUCGCCCCUCCAGGUCUAUCCUCGCCCCUCCAGGUCUAUCCUCGCCCCUCCAGGUCUAUCCUCGCCCCUCCAGGUCUAUCCUCGCCCCUCCCGGUGUUCGCCGGCUCAUUCAGGUCUAUCCUCGCCCCUCCAGGUCUAUCCUCGCCCCUCCAGGUCUAUCACCUUCGCCCCUCCAGGUCUAUCCUCGCCCCUCCAGGUCUAUCCUCGCCCCUCCAGGUCUAUCCUCGCCCCUCCGCCUCUAAGCUCGACCCUCCCCGCCCAAGGUCUAUCCUCGCCCCUCCAGGUCUAUCCUCGCCCCUCCAGGUCUAUCCUCGCCCCUCCAGGUCUAUCCUCGCCCCUCCAGGUCUAUCCUCGCCCCUCCAGGUCUAUCCUCGCCCCUCCAGGUCUAUCCUCGCCCCUCCAGGUCUAUCCUCUCCCCCAAACUCUGCCUCUCCUCCUGUACUGUUGCCUGCCGAUUUCUUUCCUUCCUUAACCCACCCGCCCCACUCGCUGCCUUCCCGCCCUUCCUCCUCCCCCCUACUAGUAGUACCACCACGGCCGCUGCUGCUGCGGGUCCUCCCUGCUGCUCCCUGCAAGACACGAGCUCCCUCACAGACUCCCCUCCCAACAACUAACGGGCUCUUUGAACGCCUCCCCGCAACUACGGGCUCUUUGAACGCCUCCCCGCAACUAACGGGCUCUUUGAACGCCUCCCCGCAACUAACGGGCUCUUUGAACGCCUCCCCGCAACUAACGGGCUCUUUGAACGCCUCCCCGCAACUAACGGGCUCUUUGAACGCCUCCCCGCAACUAACGGGCUCUUUGAACGCCUCCCCGCAACUAACGGGCUCUUUGAACGCCUCCCCGCAGCUAACGGGCUCUUUGAACGCCUCCCCGCAGCGCGAUGGCGCGGAUGGCUGCAGUGGCUGCGAUGGUAAUCGCGGUGCUGGUGGCUGUGGCGGGCGCCCUUGGGAUUGCUUCUCUGCUCUUGCGGCGCACACCCGGCGCAUGGCACAGCAGCUGCAAGCACACGGGGCAGGUACACACCUAUGGUGGCGGGCAGCAUCAGCAUGGGCCAUUGAGGUUGUCAACUUUGGUGCUCAUGCCAUGCCAUUCUCUGAUGCCAUUUCCUUCUCUCCUCCUACAGGUGGGCCUCGCAUACUUUGCAAGCUCCGCCCUCGUGUUUCUGCUGUGGUGGGUGGGUGUAUCACCAGCGCGAUGUGGAAAGUGGUUGCAGCAGCAGGGCUUGGCGCUGAUGGUGGAGAUGGCAGGGCUGAGGAGGAGUGCGGCCAUGGCUUUCUUGGAUUGCAGGGUACGUUUGUCGUGCCAUCGUCCGUCAACUCCGCCAUGCUCAUCGCCCCACAUCCAAGUGAGCACGCGCCACCUCACUGCCUGCAACCAACAUCGCCCGUGUUGCGCCACCAGUUUCUCGUGGUUGCGGCAGCAGGGAAGCCAUAG